UAUGCGUUCAGAACCACGUGACGCGAGUUAAGCGCCAGUGCUGUUUGUCUCUGUCUGUUUCUGUCAUUCUGGAUGUUUCCCGCAGGCGCGUGUUUCUGUGUCCUGUGCGGUUUACCGGCGGCGGGUAAAUCUCGCCUGGCGCAGGUGCUGCGGGAUCGCGCGCAGAGCCGCGGGUGGGAGACGCUGCUCGUGACGUAUGACGAACUGAUUUCGGCGCGCGACUGGCGCGAGAGUGAAUGGAAGCAGUAGUGAAAGACAGUCGUGAUGUGUUUGGAGAGAUUCCUGUGUCACACACACACUGAGAUGACUGACGACAUCUGGACACGCUUUGAGCAGAUGCACAUGCUGCAGCAGACCGACUCUCAAACACACUCACAGCCGCUCGUCAUCCUGCUGGACGACAACUUCUACUAUCAGAGCAUGAGAUACGAGAUCUACCAGCUGGCCAGAAAGAACUCGCUGGGCUUCUGUCAGGUGUUCCUGCGCUGUGAACUGCACAUGUGUCUCCAGAGGAACCAGCAGAGAUCUCAGCGUGUUCCUGAUGAAGUUCUGCAGCAAAUGAGCGUCCGUAUGGAGCCUCCAGAUCCCACCAGAAACUCCUGGGAGCAGCAGAGCCUGACGGUGGACAACACGGAGAACAUCACAGAUGCAGAUGUAUUGAAGAUGAUGGACAUGUUGGUGUUUGCUCUGGAAAACCCGCUGAGGCCCAUUCAGGACAAUUCACAGCAGAAGGAAGCAGACAGACAGGUUUGUGCAUCUAGUGUUCUUCAUCAGGCUGAUCAGAUGUGCAGACGGAUCAUUUCUCAGACAAUGACAUCAGCGUGUGAAAAUCAGGCGUCUUCUGGAGUUUUGAAGGUUCUUGCUAAAGAGCUGAACAAACUGAAGACUCGUUUCCUGCUGGAAUUAAAGAAGGAAGUUCUUCAUCAAGUGUCGGUUUGUCCAGAAGAGUCCGUCAACACAGAGAAACUGCUGAUGGACGUGUCGAGAGCGUUUGAGCGAGACAUACACGAGAUCGUCUCCAUACACACACACAAACACAAACACUUGAGUUUCAGGUGUUAUUACGGAUGAAUAACUGAUUCUCCUCACAACAUGUUUGAUUCACGAUAAUGUUUACAAUGAUUUGACCUUUCUGAAGGAUUUGUGAUUGUGUAUAAGAUUUUAUGUGAAGUCUAUUUAUGUUUGUAGAGUCAUUAACUUCAUGAUGUGAUGUUUGUUUUUCUUUACAAGCAUUUCUUUCACCUACAGCACAUUUAAAUAUCAUUAAUGUUGUUUACAAGACUCCUUUAUUAACCUUCAAUUGCUGUUGGGGUCAUUUAUGACCCAUUUCAUUUGUUUGUUUUUUAUUUAAAUGAUUUUCUUCAUCUGAGUGGUACAAGACAUGGUGACUUUUCUUGCACUUGAUAUCUGAACAUGCAAAACAAAUCUGGACUCGAUUUGAUGAUUUUCAGUUCUUUAUCAAACAGUGCGACACUCGGGGGUCUGGGUAUCUCAACGAAUAAAGACGCUGACUAUCACACCUGGAGUUGUGAGUUCGAAUCAAGGGCGUGCUGAGUGACUCCAGCCGGGUCUCCUAAGCAACCAAAUAGGCCCGGUUGCUAGGGAGGGUAGAGUCUAUACAAGGUGGGAAAAUUGCGUUUUUUAACGUAAUAUGAGGUAAAGAAGAACAAUUUAUGAUACUAGCAUUGUCAGAUUGUACUGCUUAUUUGAAGCAGGCUCUUUGAUCGUAAAACCGUUUUGGAUAUUUCGAUCUUUCUCCAUUCAAGUAGACAGAAUCUGUACUAUCAUGACUGAAAAUAACCUCCCGACAGCAUUUCAAAGAUGCCCGACUGUGGUCAGACAUUGGUCAGAUCAGAAGUAUGACCUUGAGAGUUUCAAACAGAAACAUUAUAAACACACUAAUUGUAACUCUUCAU